UGUGGUUUGCAGAUUAAUGCCUGGUACACGUACUAGUGCUCUCCAUACUACCUGAAUCCACUGGAACGUCGCCGCUGCGACGACUCCGCGCUGUGGUGCUCCCAAGGAUCUUAUGGUGCUAUGGUCCACGGGAUGCAGGUUAAAAACCUACUAAGCUGGUAGCAGUAAGCACGCAGCUCAUCAUGUCCGGCACACGGCCUCCCUCAGGGUCUGGUAUUACGAGCCGCAUUUCAAUAGUAAGGCAUAGCAUUCAGGCGGAUCUUAGCCGUCGCGGCGGCAUUCUGCUUCCACUCGUCGCUGCUGCGGCGCUUACUGCUACCGUCUUCGCUUAUUUUGCGUUUUUCGAAGUCCAGCCUAGUAGCGCCCGCGGCCUGCUUUUUCGAGAUUAUUUCCGGGAUUCCGGUCGAGGAAGGUCCGUUGGACCGUCCUCUUUCCCUCCAAACGUGUGCGAAACGGGGCGGAACUGUAGCGGCACGUUGCUGGAUGAAUAUGUUUAUACCGCGGAUGCGGAAUUUAGCUGGGAGGACACGGGUAACCGCAUGCGAGCCAAGGAGCGGGGGGGGUGGUGGACGGGGUAUGUGCUGCUGGUGACAACCCUGCGGUGGCUCAACGAAUCCGUUACAGACAGAUCCGUUUGGUGGCACCACCUGACGCUUAUUGCGCCAGACGACAUGCGGAACGCCAGCAAGGGUCUAGUGCUGUUCUUCGUGGGGGCGGGGUGGAACACCCCGCGCAGAUGGGAGAGGGCCGUCCGCGUUCCCAAAAGUAGCGACGUCUUCAUCCGCGUUGCUGCCCCCAUGGUGGUGGAUCUGGGCAUACUCGGCGUGAUGCUCCACGAAAUACCCAUGAUGCCCAUCAGCUUCUACUCCAGCCCUCCUGGUGUCAGCAGCCAACGCUUGAUAGAGGAGGAGCUCCCUGCAUGUGAGCGCACGGGAGCACGUGAGGGCAUGCGUGCACGAGAGGGCAUCAGAGCAUGGGGGCAUGAGUGCAUGUGAGGGCAUGAGAGCAUGUGAGGGCAUGAGAGCAUGUGAGGGCAUGAGAGCAUGUGAGGGCAUGAGAGCAUGUGAGGGCAUGAGAGCAUGUGAGGGCAUGAGAGCAUGUGAGGGCAUGAGAGCAUGUGAGGGCAUGAUUUCAUGAGAGGGAAACUUCUCGAACAAAUUCACCAGGGAGCAGUAGUGUCAGGUCAGGGCAUGAUAGAGGAGCAGCUCCCUGCAUGCAUGCAUGUGGGAGCAUGAGAGCACGUGGGAGCAUGAGAGCCUGUGGGAGCAUGAGUUCCUGUGGGAGCACGAGAGAAUGUGAGGUCUUGAGUGCACACCCUUAGCGCUUGUCUCUAGCCGGCUCAGUCUUCCAACAGUCACGCUCCCCUUCCAUGUCGCAACAGUCACGCUCCCCUUCCAUGUCCCAUCAGUCACGCUCCCCUUCCAUGUCCCAUCAGUCACCCUGGCCAUGGCCUUUCACGACCCCACCACCCCCGAGUGGCCCAUCUUCCUGCCCAUGGCCAAGUCGGUCAUCCGAGGCAUGGAUGCCGUGGCAGCUGGCUGCCAGGGAGCUGCUGCCUCACGUGCCGGUGAGUCGAGUGAAUGCAUGCAGUCACAAACGAAUGGAUGCGCGUUGUGGAGCAUGGAUGCUAGUCGGUCACUCGAGGAUGGAUGCCGUGCAGCUAGCUGCCAGGGAGCUACUGUCAUGUGUGCCGGUAAGUCGGCUUGUUCGUGCCCUGCCACACACGCUGGUGAGAGAAAAGCACACUCGAGUGGCCGGCCUACCUGCCUAAUUUGGAAAAUCCGUGGUUUGUGGUUUGUACGCUUGCAGUUAAGCGCAAUCCGCUGGAGGGGGAGUAGGAAAUGCGCUUCAAAACCGCAUGGUCAGGCAGGUGGAAGGGUUUUUGGCUGUAGGCGUGAGCAAGCGAGCUCUCGCAGCAUGGCUCUCUGCAGCGCUUGAUAAGGCAGGUGAUCGAGCGGCUGGUGAUUAGCAGGCAGGUGAUUAGCAGGCAGGUCAUUAGCAGGCAAGUGAUUCGCAGGCAGAUGAAUAGGAGGCAGGUGAUUGGGAGGAAGGGGAAUAGGAGGCAAGUGAUCAGGAGGCAGGUCCGAUCCGCACGCUCUGCUUUCCACUGGAGGUAUGCAGCUUCUGACUUGACUCAAAGGCAACCCCAGCCUCCCGGGCUCUUCUUUUACUGGAGCCUGGCAGCAUGCAGCGCAGCUCAUUCUUCCCAUCCUCGGUUUGAUGGCAUGUCCUUAUUCUUUGCAGCAAGUGGUGGCCUCCAUAUCGUACUUCUUAGAUCUCAUCAACUUCGGGUCCAGCAUGCAGCCCGCACUAAUGUCACUUGACACUCCAGCUCCUCCCUCUCACCCCUCUUUCUCGCCGCUCACUCCUCACGUCAAGGUGCAAAAUUGC